UAACAAUCAAUUAGUUAGUUCUGUCUCGUCACACGGCGAGCAGCGUCUGAACAAUGGACGUGAAGUCCAUGUUUUUUGUUUUUUAUUAUUUUUCGACAGUUUUCUGCGGCUACCCUCCGACUGGAGAUGAAGUACAGCUGGGCAGCGUUCUCCUGCCAGCCACACGGAGGGGGAGGUACCUCGCCAACAUCAUCAGGAGACAGGCUGUUGACGGGACGGGAAUUAAGUUCAACAAAGACGCCGACAGGAUGAACGCGGAGGCCAAGAAGAAAGUGGACGUGCUGUCGGAGGAGUUGCUGCCGUACAUCAUAGCGGAGCAAGAGAGACGGACGACGCUGUACAAGAGAAUCAUGACGGCCAUCCAGAACGGAGAGAAGGGAGUCACCAUCGCCGAGAUCAGGAACAAGCCGCCGCUCAUCAUCAGAAAAGGUUUGCUGUACCGGUGCCCUUCAAACCGGGCUCCCAAAGAACCCGACGGGUCUGGAUCGUUGAUGUGUGAGGAUGACCUGGAGCCGACCCAGGUCAUGUAUGAUUCGUGUUUGAGCGCAGAGGACAAAGAACUCUAUGUGGCUGAGAAUAAGUACUUCUUUUGCAAUCGUCACAAAGUGGAGGGUCCAGACCUGCCUCGUAACGGCACCACGGUGAUCGGCUGCGCUCCCAUAGAGCGGACCUCCCUCAACUACACCACCAGCAAGUGCGCUCUGGAAGACACAGACGACGUGGUCGUGCAUUACAGAUACUACCCCGACAGAUCGUACAAGUUCGUGACAGAGUUGGACCCUGACAGGGAGGUGUGCGACCACUGGAACCCUUGUCAGAUAGGAUACAUCUACAGCCUCCCGUCACCAGAUCAGGCUCUGCUAGCUAAUGAGUUGUGGCAUAACUACGAGGACAGUUCCGAGGAGUUCGUGUCUCCGUCAGCUAAGAACUACACCAGCAGCACCAAGAGGCUGCCGGUGCCUGAGGGAUACACGUUCGUUUACAUCACGGGAUACUCCGUGACCGACAAAGAAGUGGACAAGAGCGGCAAACUGGUGUAUCGUCUGCGCAAACUGGACCGUUCUCUGUACACCACGAAGCUGAGUAACCACGACCGCUUCAUCAGCGUGACCCUGGACUUCCCGCGGUGGUCCAGCGCCUACUACCAGCAGUAUCAGGUCGCGUUCGCCAAGACACCCGACAAGAAGCCAUAUAAAUAUGUGCCAUUCCUCAGAUUGUCUGAAGGCACCGCGAACAUAAUAUCCAGGCGGCUGGAGCUGCUGCAAGGCCAGCAAGCCAACACCACCUUGAUACCUUACAGGUGCGAGAGGUGCAGACUCAUCAACUUGAUGGUGAGAGCCAACGACGGGAACGCUUACAACGUGGACUCAGAUAGAUACCGACUGCUGGACUCGGUGGACAGACAAGGAAAACGGCACCAGUUCCUGCAGAUCAUGAUGGAGAGCAUGCGGCCUCAGGACUUCGGAGACUACUUCGCCGUCAUCCAGAACGCGGACGGCUUGGAGGAGAGGAUCAAAGUUCUCUCAGUUUUGUGUAAGCGAAUGUUGUUUAACAUCACGUCUUCACUAAACCGUUACUCUAAUACUAUGUUGUAUUGUUUCAGCGCCUGGUAAUGUCUUCUGAUAGAU